CUUCACGCGACACAUGCUUGCUCUUGUUUGUGCUGUUUACAACCUUCAUGCAGCAGCUUCGUUGGACUUUUUCAAACGUUUUAGAUUUCCUGCACACUCUGCUGAUCCAUAACGGACUAAACUGGAUCUCGGUUUAUAGAAAUAUUUAGAAGAGCUAUUUCUUUAAAAGUCAAGAGAUGGUCUACUGCAGGGACAGUCAGUCCGAGCGGCCAGCGCUGUCUCGUAUUCUGCCGCAUCUCUACCUUGGUGCAGAGACUGACGUAACGCAGGAUGCUUUGUCCGACCGAGGCAUCUCAUACGUAUUAAAUGUGAGCCGAUGCUGCCCACAGCCUUCAUUUCUACCCCAGUCCCAGUACCUCCGUAUCCCAAUAGACGACUCCCUGCGGGAUGACCUGCUUCAUUGGAUCCCUCAGGCGUUGCACUUCAUCGAUGGGGCCAUGUCAUGUGGCUGCUCAGUCCUGGUCCACUGUGCUGCAGGAAUCUCUCGGUCUCCAGCACUAGCUGUGGCCUAUGUCAUGUAUAGACUGAAAAUGGAUCUGGAUCAUGCAUACAGGUUUGUGAAAGAACGUAGACCUACAAUUUCACCCAACUUUAACUUCUUGGGGCAGCUGCAGCUCUUUCAGGGAACGCUUUCUUUGAAGAAAAAUAACACAAACCUUAAUGCUCAACAGUCAGUCAAACCUUUGGAUAACUGCCUACAGCCCACCAAUGAAAAAAACAACAGCAGUUCCAACGUGGCACUGUUAACUAACCUAAACCUUCACAACAACAUGGACAACAACUGUAUUAUUAAUGGAUGCACUGAGGAUUCUGAAGAAAACGGGCACUGUGAGAACAAGAACAACCAAAUGGAAACUAUUCAGAGCCGAGGCCAAUGCUGUGAGGUGAUGAAUCCAGAGUUUACCUUAUCUCUUUCAGACAAGCUCGGAGCACUCACUCUUCGAACCAAUCCCAUAGACUUACAUAGAGCAGUCAAUGUCACAUCUAAGACACAACAGGAUGCACCAAAAUCCAACCUACCUAAACCUACUAACCUUCAGAUUCCGUCUCUAGCGGAGAAACGAAAAAGCCUUACUCUUUCCUUAACACCAGUGAGUGCAGUUCCUCAGACUCACAGGAAGGGGUCAUCAGAGAACAGCUAUGAUCUGAGGCAGAGCAGUUCCACGGUUGACCAGACGGGGGCGUUAGAUGACCUCGGCAGAGUCCAGAUGGAGCCAUCAGAAUCCAGAACCGAGCCAACGGAGGCAAACGGGUUUAUCAGUCAGGACCCCAGAACCCCCAGAGCAAAUAUGGAGCAACAAAAAACAAACCAAGUGAGCCAUUCAAGCAGAAGAUCACAGAGGCAGACCCAGGGACCACGUGGUGUCAUAACCUCCCCACAGCUUUUCGGGAAGGAGGUUAUUGGUGGUGUCGAAGCAGUGGAGGGUAUGGUUGGAGACCAGAGCCCCUUGUCUCCAGUCAGUCUUACAGUCAACAAAAUACUGGACUGGGGCGAACGCAUGCUGCUUGGGGUCAUACUUGGCCCACGUGUUAAACUGGGACAGGCUGCUUUGCCGUACAGAUGUUGAAGAGAGACUGGUUGAAUGAACUGCGCUAUUUAAAGAUACAGGUGUAAACAAGGACUGUACACUGUUGAUCUGAAGGAACUUAAAUGAAGUUGACAAUACUGUGGAUGAAAAAGCAUAUAUAUGAGAGUGUGAAUUAACUUAUUUAUUUAAUGAAAUCGCAUGUUCCUCCAAGACUAUUUGACAGACUCACGUCAUCUGAUAUGUGAAUAAAUGACUGAACGUCUGCAAGAAAAAGUGUGAUUCGUUCUAUUUUGAUGCACAGCCUGUCUGUGACUUUACUUAUUGAAAUAUACUGAUAAUUGUUAUUUAUAAUGGGGUAUUUUGCAGGUGGAAUUUUAACAAUAUAGCUUGCUUUGAAAACAGUGUUCAAUAAAGACAAUUAUUUUA